AGAUUAAACCUCAUUCCACAUUUAUACACAUUCCACCAAACUCUCGUCACUUCAUUUCAUUUCACCACCUAUCUGAAUUUACAAGGAACUCAACUAACAUGGAAGCAUGUUUUCUCUCCCACAAUUCCUUCACCAAAACCACUGAUCAACUCAUCCCCACAAUCAGAAACGGGUCUCUACCACACCCCAAACGAUCUUCUCAACAUUUCCACUAUAGAAAAGCUAGAAUUCCACUUCCCAUAUCAUGCUGCCACAUGUCAUCACCAUCACCAUUUGAUGAUGAUGAAAAAUCUACCCUAAGUGGUGAUUGGCGAUCUUUCCGAGCAAAACUGGUGGCUGGAGAACAAUUGACAAGGCCUGUUGAGGAGGUUUCUUUUUCUUCGGUGAACGAUCUAGACAUUGUUGUGGAUCACCCUCCACUGAUCACCAUUGGUGACAAAUGGGCCCACGUAAUCCACGAGCCCGAAAAGGGGUGUAUACUAAUUGCCACCGAAAAGCUUGAUGGGGUCCAUAUUUUCGAACGAACGGUGAUCCUUCUGCUGUCAACUGGGCCCUUAGGCCCAUCAGGGAUCAUCCUGAAUCGUCCAUCCUUGAUGUCAAUCAAGGAGACUAGAUCAACGGCUCUGGACGUGGAGGGCACGUUUUCCAAUAGUCCCUUGUUCUUUGGGGGGCCCUUGGAGGAAGGGCUUUUUUUGUUGAGCCCAAAAGAGGGUGGUGGUGGUGGUGAUGGGGUGGGGAAAAGUGGGGUGUUUGAGGAAGUGAUGAAGGGCUUGUAUUAUGGGGCAAAGGAAAGUGUUGGUUGUGCUGCUGAGAUGGUGAAGAGGAAUGUGAUUGGGCUUGGGGAUUUUAGGUUCUUUGACGGGUAUUGUGGGUGGGAGAAGGAGCAAUUGAGAGAUGAGAUAAGGGCUGGGUAUUGGACUGUGGCUGCUUGUAGCCCAAGUGUGGUUGGGCUGGGGAGUGUGGGAAGUGUUGGGCUUUGGGAUGAGGUUCUUGGGCUUAUGUCCAGAAGGAAGGUCAUGUAAUGAGGCAUAGAAGUAGUUUCCAGCCAAGAAAAUGAGCUUUGACCGUGAAGUUGAAACGUGAAAGUCGAAAGCAAAUUGUUAUUAUAAGGAUCUAACAAUUUGUAGGCAUAAGAAAAGAAACAGAAAUUGUCUGAUUCGGUUGAAUUCUUACGUGCUGUAUGCCUUAUAAAUUAUAAUUAUUUUCCUAAUUGUGUUUUUGUGUGACUGGUUGUUGUGUUUAGUUGUUUGAUGAUGUUAAGUGAGAUAUUUUUGCGUUCUUCACGGUGAAAAUAUCUGGUCUUUAAAGCAA